AUGAAAGUAAUAUUAUUUGUUUUUUCAUUGAUUUCAAUUGUAUCACCAUCACUUUUUGAUGAUAUUUUCAAUGUUCCUGAUAGUGUAUUAGCUAAAAUUCCACUAGUUGCUCCAUUUGAUACUAAAUGUGAUGAUGUUAAAAUGAAUUAUUGUCAAGCAACAUUUAAUAGUGCUCUUAAUAUUGAUCCAACAUUAACUUGGAGAAAUGGAACACAACUUUUAACAGCUGUAAAAAGAGCAAUUGCUUCAAAUGGUACUGAUAUUGGUUUAAUUGGAGCAUGCCAGGCAAGAAAAAAUUUUUAUAAUUGUUUUGGUGAUACAUACUCAGCAUGUCUUAAUAAUUAUUAUCUUAUUUCAAAGAUGUCACCUACUGAUAAAAUUAGUAGUGCAUAUAAAUAUACAGCAUUAUUUAAAGAACUUGAUUUUGUAUGUAAUGGAGGUUUUGAAAUUGCUAUAGCUGAAUAUUCAACAAUUAUUUUAGUUGAUACCAGUGUAACUGCCAUUCAAUGUAUGCAAAAUUUUGAUUCAUCUAUUACUAAUGAAUCAAGUCAAAUUUGUAAAGCAGCUGGAUCAUAUUGUACAUGCCUUCAAACAUAUUUUAAUCAACAAAUAGGUUUAGCUGAAGGAUGGUGGGUAUGUGAAAGAGUACGUUCAGCUUUUGCUGAUCAAUGUUCUUCAAUAAAAUGCCAAGUUACAUCAUCACCAUCAAAUUAG